GGCUGAGAACUUACUCCUGGACGCCGACAUGAACAUCAAGAUGUCCGACUUUGGCUUCAGUAAUGAGUUUGUCAUGGGCAGUAAGCUGGACACGUUCUGCGGCUCUCCUCCCUACGCCGCCCAGAGCUGUUCCAGGGGAAGAAGUACGACGGACCAGAGGUGGACGUCUGGAGCCUGGGGGUCAUCCUGUACACGCUGGUGUCGGGUCGCUGCCCUUCGACGGUCAGAACCUCAAGGAGCUGAGAGAGCGUGUUUUAAGGGGUAAAUACCGUAUCCCUUUCUACAUGUCCACUGACUGUGAAAACCUCCUCAAGCGUUUUCUGGUGCUCAACCCAGCCAAGCGCGGUACACUUGAGCAAAUCAUGAAGGACCGGUGGAUAAACGCCGGCUGUGAGGAGGAGGAGAUGAAGCCUUUCGUGGAACCAGAAACGGACAUCACGGACCAGAAGAGAAUAGACAUCAUGGUGGGGAUGGGCUACACUCGGGAGGAGGUGACUGAGUCUCUAACCAGGAUGAAGUACGAUGAGAUCACCGCCACCUACCUGCUACUGGGCAGGAAGUCCACAGAGUUGGAGGCCAGUGACUCCAGCUCUAGCAGUAACCUGUCUCUGGCCAAGGCGCGGCCCGCCAGCGAGCACAACAACAAUGGCCAGUCUCCGGCCCACCUCAAGGCCCAGCGGUCCAUCUCCGGGACCAGGAAACGGGAGAGGCUACAGGGAACCAGGGUGACCGGUCCGUCCAUUCCCUCGGUGGGCUACCCCAAGAGGAGCCAGACCACCUCGGAUGACAACGGCGACCACAAAGAGGACGGGGGUGCCCAGCCACGGAAGUCUGUUUCAUCAGGRGGGCGUGGUGGCAGCGGUGCCCCUGCCAGUCCCCUAUUGGGUAACGCCAACAACCCCAACAAGGCCGACAUCCCCGACCACAAGAAGGGCUCCACCACACCCAGCACUAACUCCACAUCAGGGGGCAUGAGAAGGAGGAACACGUAUGUGUGUAGCGAGAGGAACGCCUCGGACCGCCACUCUGUCAUCCAGAACGGAAAAGAAAACAGCAUGAGUGAAAUGUCGGCGGCCUGUGCCACUAGCCCCUCUGCCUACGCCCAGGCGCUCACCGUCUCCUCAGCCUCGGUCCGCCUGCGCCACCAGAAGGCCGCGUCCCUGUCGGCUUCGGGCCACACCUGCCGCCAAACGCUGCCACCUACCGAUGGCGACUUCUUCAGGCCUAACACGUCGACGACGUCUGGCCAGCGGAACCCCGGUGGCUCCUCCACCCACAGCAUCAGCAGCAGCGCCACGCCCCCCGACCGGCUGCGUUUCCCCCGCGGCACGGCCAGCCGCAGCACCUUCCACGGCGGCCAGCUGCGGGAGCGUCGCACGGCCACCUACAACGGCCCGCCGGCCUCACCCACGCUGUCGCAUGACGCCACGCCCCUCUCGCAGUCCCGCAGCCGAGGCACCACCAACCUCUUCACCAAGCUCACCUCCAAGCUCACGCGCAGAAACAAGUCAUUCAGGUUUACCAAAAGUCGCAACAUGUCAGGUGAUCAGAAGGAGGACCAGCAGCAGCUCCAGCAGCAUCCUCAGCCCCUCCACGGCCAACACCCCAAGGACACCAAGCCGCGCUCCCUCCGCUUCACCUGGAGCAUGAAGACUACAUCGUCCAUGGAGCCCCAGACAUGAUGCGCGAGAUCCGCAAGGUGCCUGGACGCAACAACUGCGACUACGAGCAGUCGCGGCGUUUUCUGCUGCUGUGCGUGCACGGAGACGGCCACGCUGAGAGCCUGGUCCAGUGGGAGAUGGAGGUGUGCAAGCUACCGCGCCUCUCGCUCAACGGCGUGCGCUUCAAGCGGAUCUCGGGCACYUCCAUCGCCUUCAAGAACAUAGCGUCCAAAAUUGCCAACGAACUCAAAUUGUAGGUCCUCCUAGAGAUAUGAGGGGGGGAAAGUGUUUACCACGCACGUAAAAUAUUGCGGUUCAAAAUUGACUAAAGCAACGUAAUGUGGGGAAAGAAAGCAUUUUGAAAUGGACUUGAGUCAAGUCGAAUCUGAACGAGCUGUACAGUCGUUAUUAAGUAGCAGAUCUACGGAUUUCCUCCGAGACACUUACAAAGUAUGUAUUGAAAACGAUGUAUAGCUUUAGGCAAUAAUUUCCUGUGUCUUUGGAGCAUUAUCCUUAUUAUUAAUAUUAUUAUUAUUAUUAUUAUUAUUAUUAUUGAUGAUGUAACAGGUGGUCUUGAGCUGUCGGGAACGUUGGUCUGACAUUGACAUGUUGUUUGGGUCUUGUUUUAUUGAUGAAUGCACUAUUGCAUUGUGUCCUUUGUGGCUCUGGAAAAUACCUCUCAAAUGGGAGUUUAAACUCAUACAAGGGAGGGAGAGAAGUGGAGGAGGAACACAAAAACUGACCCCCUCCCGCUGUUACAAGUACCCAGAAUUCCUCUUGCUAGGAGAAUAUGGUUGCCAGAUAUGACUGGUUGGAAUAGAUAGGCUUGCUAAUAGGGCUGCCAGAUAUGACUGGUUGGAUAGCCUAGCUAAUUGCACAACAAGUGACUGUAUUAUUGUUAGCACUGUCAAACUGAUUUUGACAGUCAAUUGCGCUCUCUCCCAUUUACUUAACCAACCUCUACACAUACACACAGACUUUCAUUCUAUGAUUUGAAGCCGUUGAUCAUCAGUGUUCAUCUGUGUGGUUACAGUAUAAAUGCAAUGUAUGGACUCAGCUGGUCAAGUCCCUGCUGUAUGGGGUCACCCAUCCCAGAGAGCAGGGUCUGGAGGAGGCCGGCYACGCGACAACGCACUUUGGCAGACCCCUGCUUCAAAACAGGGGAAUGUUGCCAAGUAUCAUGGGACUUUGAUUCGUUCGCUACAAAAAAAAGUAUUCACAGAGAAAUAGGGAAGGUUUUCCUUCCUGGCGUAUAUGAAUAUUUAGUGGUUUUUCCUUUGAUGCUGUUCCAUUUUUUUACGGUUCUCUUCUCAGAUGUUACUGAAAUGUCCCCCGCUAUCUGGUCCCGCCCAACCGGGCCCACGGGCCGAGUCAGAUGCGGUCGGCCAUUCCUGGGACACAAAAGUUCAAAGUUCAACCAUGGCUGUUUUCAGGCCUCCAGUAUUCACUCCCAUCCUCAUAUAAACAUUGGCACUAUUUGAAUUUUUUUCUGGAAUSUAAAUAAUGUACCUCAGUUUGGCAACAGCUGUAUAAUGAUAUACUUCCCCUUUUCUGUUGUGUUUUUGUCUGGGCUAUGAGACGGGAGCUGUGGAAUUAACGUUAACUCAUUCGUCCCUGGGUAAGGUUAACCAGUGUCUCCAUUAAAACACCUUKAAAAUGA